AUGAAGACUAUAAAUAAGGACGGUAUCUAUUCUUGGAUCCUGUAUGGCGGAGCGAUAUUGGAAGGCUAUUCUGGCAAUACUUCAAACUCCAAGGGAUUCAACUUUCGAGGAGGAGAUGCACGUAAUACAGAAGGCAUAUGGUUCUGGAAUAAACCAUUCAUUAUUCCCGAUCCUACAACUGCUGGAGGCAAAAUGGCUGUAUUAAUUAUGGAUACGCAGGGAAUGUGGGACGGACAAACAGGUCAAGGACUUACAGCAAGUAUAUUCGGUCUAUCCACAUUACUCUCAUCAUAUCAGAUUUAUAACGUAGACCGAAGACUCCAAGAAGAUUUUCUCCAACACUUAGCUCUGUUUACCGAUUACAGUAUUCGUAUCCGCGAUUCGGGAAAAAGCGGAGAUCAUCCCCCAUUCCAGCAUAUUGACUUCCUUGUUAGGGAUUAUGCUAAUUUCCGAAACGAGAGUAAUCAAGCUAGCUGCCUAAAAGAAAUGGAAUCCUACAAAAACAGCUUCCUAUCUCCUAGAAAUACGGAAGAUUUGAAUGAAACUCGCAACCAGAUAAAGGAGUGUUAUCAAAUAAUUGAUGUGUAUUGUCUACCACACCCUGGAUUAGAAGUGAGUAGAGUGAGCUAUGAUGGGACCAUAAAAACGAUAUCUUCAGCAUUCUUAAAUCUGCUAAGCAACUAUAUUACGAGCAUAUUCACUAAAGGUUUGGAGCCACUUGAAAUUAAUAAUCGCCCUGUAUAUACCAAAGACUACGAAUCGUAUUUUGUUUGCUAUUUGUAUUUAGGAUAG